AUGGCAUCGAAUGGACUGCCCGUGCCCGCUCAUAAUAGCAAUUACCUCGAAAAUGGCCGUUACUACCAUGGCUACCGGAGAGGCAUCUACCAAUAUCCGUGUGACGAGCCAGAGAAGGACCGCAUGGACAUCUACCACAAGCUGUUCUCCGUAGCACGGAGAGAUAUGCUGCAUCAGGCUCCUGUGCCACAGCACGGAGAAACUCGCAUUCUUGAUCUGGGCACUGGCACAGGUAUCUGGGCGAUAGACAUGGCUGACAAAUUCCUGAAUGCCGAGGUUUUGGGCUUAGAUCUGGUCAACAUCCAGCCGGAAAGAAUCCCCCCGAACUUGCGUUUCCGUGUACCACGCGACUACGAGAGCCCGUGGUCGCUGGGCGAGGACUCCUGGGAUCUGAUCCACCUACGAAUGGCCUGCGGCAGCGUCACAAGCUGGCCGGAGCUGUACCAGAAAGUCUUUGCGUACGCAAGCCCCUUGCACCUGAAGCCAGGCAGCGGUUGGAUAGAGCACGUUGAAAUUGAUAUGCAGCCGCGCUGCGACGAUGGCACACUCGACCCCAAGGGCAAGCUUGUCCAAUGGUACGGCUAUCUCGCAGACGCAACAUGGCGAGUCUCACGCCCAAUUGCAUACGAUCACCGAACGCGCCAGAACCUGCAGGCAGCCGGCUUCAUCGACAUCCAGGAGACCGUAAUCCGCGUUCCUUACAACUCAUGGCCCAAUGAUCCACACCAGAAAGACAUUGGCAGGUGGUACAACCUAGGCAUCACCGAAGGACUGGACGCACUGUCAUUUGCCCCUCUCACACGAGUUUACCAGUGGGAUCUCAACGCCCACGUCAGACCACUCCUUGACGGUGUCAAGAAGGAGAUCUGUAAUCGCAAAAUUCAUGCGUACAACAACAUACAUAUCUGGACCGCCCGUCGACCUCAGCAGUAG